AUUACCAUCAGGUCAGAACUACUGAAGACUCGGGUAAAAAGAGGAAUCGUCCUGAAGCUGCAAACAGUAGUUCCCCUGGCUACAACUACAACUGAUCCUUUUACUAUCAGAACCUGGAUGAAUGAGAAUCUUCAGAGGCGCCUCAUCGCAACUCACACUGAACAUGGAUGCCAUGAAGGAAGAGGACAUCUAUGACUUUUUACCAGAGCAUUUGUCUACAGACACCAAAUAUAGUGGCACUUGUAGAGGUACUACACCAAUCUGCAAAGAAGAACCAUGUUUAUCCCAUGAACUUGAAGGAGGGGAGAAGUCUCAUGUCACGAAAUGUUGUGGUGAUGAGAGAACUUCUACAACUCAGCCAUCAACUCCAUCACAACAGGCAAUACCUGUGAAGGUGAUUAAAGAAGAAGAAGAGGAUAUUUAUGAUUUCCUCCCGGAGUAUUUGUACAGAACAAAGGAGGAAGAGAAUGAAACUGGCACAUCGUACAUGAAAGAAUAGUAUUCUCCAAUGGAAUGCAAUGGAGACUUGGCCAUAAUAGAUGAACACCAGACAGCUUCUACUAGCACAGACCAUCAACAGUGUGCCACAUCUGAAAAGAUGUUCGAAGCAGAACAGCACCAGAGAACCCAUGCACCAGGAAACCCAUUCAAAUGUGCCACAUGUGGGAAAGGAUUUACACGUAAGGGUCAUCUCAACAGGCAUCAGAAAACCCAUACUGGAGAAAGGUCUUACCAGUGUGAUAUGUGUGGAAAAGGAUUCACACAGGGAGUUAACCUCAUCAGGCAUCAGAGAACCCAUACUGGAGAAAGGCCUUUCCAGUGUGCUUUGUGUGGAAAAGGCUUUAAACAGAAAGGCAGCCUCAUUUCCCAUCAGAGGAUCCAUACUGGAGAACGGCCAUACCAGUGUGCUACAUGUGGAAAAGGAUUCAAAGAGAGAGGCCAAUUCAUGAGACAUCAGAGAACCCAUGCUGGAGAUAAACCAUAUCAAUGUUCAACAUGCGGAGCAGCCUUUUCACAACUCACCUCUUUGGCUUAUCACCAGAAAACCCACACUGGAGAAAGGCCUUUCCAGUGUACUACAUGUGGAAAAGGUUUUAAACAGAAAAGUGACCUCAUCACCCAUCAGAGAACCCAUACUGGAGAAAGGCCUUACCAGUGUGCUACAUGUGGAAAAGGCUUCAUACAGAACAGUAGUCUCAUUUCCCAUCAGAGGAUCCAUACUGGAGAACGACCAUACCAGUGUGCUACAUGUGGAAAAGACUUUAAACAGAAAGGUCAUCUCAUGGAUCACCAGAGAAUCCAUACUGGAGAAAAGCUGUACCCAUGUGCUACAUGUGGGAAAGGCUUUAAACUGAAAGGUGAUCUCACCAAGCAUCAGAGAAUCCAUACUGGAGAACAACCAUACCAGUGUGCUGCAUGUGGAAAAGGAUUUGGACAUAAACAUUGUCUCAGCAGGCAACAGAGAAUCCAUGCUGGAGAAAGUCUUCAGUAGUGUGCUAUGUGUGGACCAGGCUUUGCACUGAAAGGUGUCCUCAUCUCCCAUCAGAACAUCCUUCAGAAAUGUAUUACUUGUGUUUUUGACUACUUUUUAAAUAAAGUUUCUUGUCAUG